AUGCAAGGAAAUCCAACGUCUGGUGUUUGUUACACGGCUAUGGAUGAUAGGGACUUCACACCGGCUCCACACUGCGAUGGAAAACACGCUUCAUCUUCCGUCUUGGGGUCGCCACGAUGCGUGUUUUGUGGAAUGGACUCAUCUGCCAAGUUUGGCCAAGGCAAACUUGUCCGAUUUCGUACAUCACGCUCCCCCUCGCGUCUACCGGAAUGGUACACGGAGCUGAAGUCUCACCCACCAGCUCUCAGGCGAGCUCUGUCAUGGAAACUGAAUCAGGCAGCCUCUGAACAAUCUAUUCUCUGCACACUAAACCUACCUCUUACACCUUCUGACCACUUGGUUGGUAAUCACUGUGCAUUAGAUGCAUGUAGACGUCUGCAAGAGGGUAAAAUUUUAGAACCUGACGGUAAGCCCAUUUUGAGUGGCCUUCCAAAUGCCUUCUCCGACUCUGAAGGCAGACCUUUCGGUUACAUCGAUGAGCUUCGUGAAAUUGGAUGGCCAUCUUCGGGUGGAUCUGGUGAGAAGCUUGUCCUGGAGAAUUUGCUUAUUGCCUGUGCUCCACGGGAAGGAGGGGAGGGAAGUUGGCUAUACGCCCAUCAUUGCUGUGCUUCGUGGUCGGACGGAGUUAUAAUGAACGACCAAAUGGCUUUUGAGGGUGUUGAGGAAGCCGCUGUAAAGGCCAUGAAAGUGGAGUGCGCACUGUGUAGACGCUUCGGUGCCAGCAUUUCCUGCCGGGCUGAAGGUUGUCCUCGAAGUUUCCACUUUCCUUGUGCUGUGGGCGCUGGUUGUUUUGAGGAGAUUAAAACUCUGACAAUAUUUUGUCCCUCUCACUUGGACCUUGUACCAUGUCUAGGGGAAAAUGUUACUCCAUGUUUGGUAUGUGGUCGACUGAAUGACGUAACGGAAAUGAUCUUUUGUACCAGUUGCGGCAAUCACUUCCACAAUCCUUGUCUUGAGCCACCACUGAUGCUGAGUACAACUGUUCGUGUUGGAUGGCAGUGUCCUGAAUGCAAGACUUGUCUUAUUUGCAGUGAAAGCAAGGACGAAACAAAAAUGGUUAUUUGUGAUGUCUGCGACAAAGGCUUUCACACAUACUGUUUGAAGCCUCCUGUUGCGAAUAUACCCAAAAACGGCUUUAAAUGCGAACGUUGCCGCAUUUGUAUGGAUUGUGGUCUCCGUCGCUUCUUUUCAAAGGGUUUUGGUGCUCCUCUAGAAACGGAAAGCCUUGAACAGUCGAACGGAGGCUCGGGCGGGGCCGCAACGCCAAAUCCUCCGCUGGUGUGGCCGAGUCGUCGGUGCAACGGAUGCCGACGAAUGGUCCAUUACGAUUGUGAUCCAGUGGGUCAGUCCUCCCUCUCCUCCCCCCACUCUUCAUCCUCUCCCUCCCUCGGCACUGCUCCCGCUGGUGGCGCGGGAGGAGGUGGCGUUGUCGGUUGUGGCGCUAUGGGAAGCGAUGAUACUGCAGGCUCUCAGACCACCACCGGCUGCGGCGGCGGGAGCUACUUCUGUCCCUCCUGUAGGAAUCGGGAUUCAGCUACACCCAGUGAGGUCCUUUCGGCCACUGCCAGUCUUCGUACAAGUCCCUUUGCUGGUGGUGCUGGCAGUAGCGACAUGGGUGACGCUAACUCAAUUGUCGCUAGCGCCAGUCCCUCCCUUGCAGACGAUCUUCAUCCCCAGGUCCCCCCCUCCUCGGUCACCGUGCCGAAUAGAGGGCCAUCAUUCAUCGGCGGCAAUGCUGAUUCCACCUCCACUACCCCAACGACAGAUCCAGGCAAGCAGACGAGCUCUCUCACCACGGAUUCCCUUGUGUCACCUACGGUCAGUCUGCUUAAAUCUCCCCGCGGCGUUGGAGCAGGGGGAAGUGGGACCAUGCGCACCCACAGGGCAGUGGGACGGCCUCCAGGCAGUCUAACCAAGUCCAAAUCGGUCUCGGCGAGCAUGAGCGAAAUGGCAAGGAAAAGUAUCAAACUGGACCAUAACGAUUCGUGCAAACCUCUCUCGAAGCUCUCCAGCAAUGUUCCAACGACGCUGAACCCUUACUUCACUUCAUCAAAGCCUCAGAUUGCGAAGACAGUGAAUGCCAAGCGUUCCUUGAGCAAUGCCAUGGCCAAUUUGGCCAGUGGUGGUGGGACACGCUCUCGACGCUCAAAGAAUCGCAAGGCCGUUGCUGAUGUGAUUAAAAUUAUCCCACAGUCGCGUAUGCUCCCUCCGAGUCAUGAGAAAGUGCAUCCACAAUCGCCUUCACCUGGCGCGUUUAUCCCACCGAUACACUUAAUCCAAACGGAGUCCAAACAUUCAGCACAUCAUUUUAGUCGCGAUCCCCCGUUGACUCUGACACUACGCUUCAAAAAACGUGGACGUCCAAGCAAGAUAGACAGGAAACAGCAGCAUCUCCUCUCUCACUGCUCGCCGGAUUCUGAAAAUUGCGAGUCAAAGUCCAGCUCCGAGAAGGACGACCAUCCGAGUACGGUGGUGAUUAGCCUCAAAGACGACCGUUUUAUGCUGGAGCAGGAUAUGUGUACAACCUGUGGUUCUUUUGGAACUGGCCCUGAUCCGAUCAUACCCUGUGCUCAGUGCGGCCAAUGUUUCCACAUUUUUUGUGGGGAUUUGAGUCGCGUCUCUCGAACCGUGCUUGAGAAGGGCUGGCGUUGCCUGGAGUGCACUAUCUGUGAGGGAUGCGGUCGAGCCACGGAUGAGAACCUCCUUCUGCUCUGUGAUGACUGCGACAUCAGUUAUCACACCUUCUGCCUCAAUCCACCCCUCAAGGAGGUGCCCAAGGGUAACUGGAAGUGUACCAACUGCGUUUCCUGUCUGCAAUGCGGUAGACGAUCGCCCGGUACCAACUGUGAAUGGUCCUCGAACUAUACGCAGUGCGCUCCCUGUACCUCUACCACCACUUGUCCUGCCUGCACUCUGCCUUACCAUGAUGGUGAUCUUCUGAUUAAAUGUGCUGAAUGUGAACGUUGGUCUCAUGCUGGAUGUGAUCAAAUACGCACUGAAGAGGAAGUUGAUUUCGUCGUCGAUGGUGGGUACACAUGUGCCCUCUGUCGGGAGCACGGAUCUCCCUAUGGGUUGGGUCACCAACAGUUGUUGAACUUUCGUACUACACAUGAUACCUCUAUCCCCUUUCUGUCUACCUGGCGAUCUGAAGGUGGUGAUCCUUACUUUGGGGAGAGGCUGCCACCCGGACUUGGAUCAGCUGGCUCCUCGACUACACGGUCUGAUGACGAACAGGAUUCGCCUGAUCCGAAGUUAUUUUUCAUGGAUGGUGUCGUGCUUAGUCGAACUGGUCUGAAUACGAUCCGCAGAGCAAUGGUGAAAGGGCAGCCGAAGCGACCACCUGCUGUUCCGCGCCAGAAAAACCCUCAAGCUUCUGCAACUGCUACUCCAGACGCCCAUUCCGCUGUGGACACUGCUCCGCCGUCUGUGUACACUCCAAUGGAUGAAGAAAUCAGCCAACACUCAGGUGCAGACGCCGACUCGGAGUUCACAUCAGCCAUCUACAGGGAGAUAGCCAAGUCACCACGAAGUGUGAUCUCGGAGGAGGACACGGUUCAUGGCGGUGGUGCAACUGGCGAUUCGAGCUCCACUGCAACAGGCGGUGCCGCUCCCUCUCUCCUCCCCACCGAUUCUUCCUCUUCUGUGGUCUCAAAUGUCGCCACUGUUGCUGCUGCUACAAUCAUGAACGCACCUUCAGCUAGCAAAAAAACCAAGGCAAACGCUGGGGUAUCGCGACGUCACCUCAAUCUUGGCCAAAAACUUGUCUGGGAAUUGGCAAUACUUGGUGCCUUUCAGACAAAGAAAUCGCAGCUGGCAUCAACAGGUGUGCAGGGUGCUCCAAAGGUGCCAGGCGCACCUCCGCUCAUCGGCAAGAAGCGGCGUCCCAACAGGAAGAAGUCUGAUUUGGAGGAAAGCUACCCUGAAUACCUGAUGCAAGCUUUCUACGGUGAUAAGUUGCUCUCCUCGGCCUCCAGUGACGCCACUGCAGCUGGCGCGAUGGCUGCCGUUAUCGGGAAGAAACGACGUCGCAAGCCCUCUACCUCUUGCCAAGUGGGGACUGGAAGUCGAAAUGGAGCUAUAUCCUCUGGUGAACAAUAUCAACUGGGAGAAUCGUCGAACUUAAGGAGAAUGACUGAUGCCUGGAGUCGUUCUGCCCAAUCUUCGAAGAUAGCGAGCCCACGGAGUGGUUUGGCCUCGCCCAUUCCGUGCUCAAGCGGUCGAACAAAUCUCUGGUCCGGCGAGUCGCCCUUCACUGCGAGUGCGGCAGCCAACGCUGAUGACCUUUUGGAGGAAGAUGCCCUCGCUGAUGAGGAGGAGUACGGCGAGGACGAGGGUACAAUGGACAGCUUUGAGGAAGAGGGUAGGGAAGAAGUGGACGAGGUCUUCAAUGUACCCUCAACUUCCACCAAUGUGGGAGGCGACGCUGCCAAAUCUCGACCGCUGCAAUCGCCCACUCCAAAACCGAAGCUACAAACGCGCCCAGUUGAAUCUGCCUCCCAAUUGCAAACUAGCUUCGAUGAUGUGAAUGAUUACAUGCUCGUUGAUGACUUCUUGAACUUGGCUGGUAACUUUGCCAGCACUUCUGACGCUACACGUCCUGCUUCCGUGUCCUCGAGUGCAUCAAUUACUGCUGGCCCUACAUACAGCGAGUCAUCUUCACUGAAACAACGUCUUUCCGUUCCGCAGGGCUCUCUGUCAAUGAACGCUUUUACUGAUCAACCACAACGGCCCUCUCAACAAUUCGUUUCCGCAUCCGAUCAAAAAUCCACCGCUGACUCGCCGCCUAGGUCAAUUUCGGAUGUAAGUUAUCAACAACAGCAAUUGCAAAGUCGGCCAAUAUUUUCUGAUGAAAGCCAGGCUAUCCCCUCACCAAGAUCGCAGGAUAUGCAGCAGGCAUCACAACAACAGUCUGUUAAUUCGACCUCUCUUGCACAAGUUCAGCAGUCUCAACCAGAAUCUCAACUCCUGCCGGAAUUGAGUGCUCUAGACAUCGAAUCGCAGCUGAUUGAAUUCGAAACCACCGGCGGUGGUGGAAGCGGCGGCAGUGUUGGUCUCCCCUCCGAGGGCACAUCGCCCCCACCACCACCGACGCCCCAGCCUGGCCUACUUUCCAAGGCGGAACCAAUGCAGACUCAGGUGUCUGCACCAUCCCCCUUCCCUCUCCAGAGCGAGGGCCAGUCUGUGAUUCCAAAUUACCCGCCUCGCACCCCCCAGUAUCCUCCUCGAGGAAUGCUGCCUCAACAACAGCAACAACAACGCGCCCAGUUUUACCUUCAACAGCAACAGAAUUUCUCUGGGGCUAUGGUAGAUCCUAGUGUACCACAACCACCCCCACCUCCACCUUAUCCAGGAUCGAGGCCACCUGUGGGAUGGAGACAACCUCUACCGCAAAGGUAUGCUCAAUUCCAAUCGCAAACGACCUAUAUGACAGCGAGCCAGCAGCAACAGCAACAGAGGUUCCAGGCGGCAGCAGUGUAUCGAGGAAUGCCUCCGAGCCUUAUGCCACCAUCAAGUGGAUCAGGAGCGCUGCCACUAAAAUCGCGACAGUCUCCGCUACCCGUCCCAUACGAUCCUACACAUAUGGGUUCUGAAGGUGGUAUACUUAUAAAUCAGCAACUCAAAACAAUGCUGCGGCAGGACAUGAGCCCCAGGCGACCAGUUGAUAUGCAGUUAGGAGGCGGGGGUGAACAGCCAAUAGUCUCUGAAGGCAUGGCCCCAUCAAUGCUUCCUAUUCCACUCACACAAGUGGCCCCUGGUGCAGGCUGUCUGGAGGGCGCAGUUGGUGGUGGUGACAGUAUGACCGGUAGUGGUGGCAGCGGUGCUGUUGGACCGGUCAAUCGACGCGUCAACUACGAGAAGUGGGAAGAUGAAGAACGGCUGGGUGACAGGUCGACUAUUGCACCAGUUCUCUACGCUAAUAUUGUACAUCCAGAACUGAAAACCCAAUGGCCUGAUCCACGUGCCAGAGCUCGUGAAAUUCAAAAACUCUGGCGUCGUUUGCCUUCAGAAAACCGCUCACAAUUCGUAAAUCAAGCACGUGCUAAUAAGACACAGUUUCGGGCUAGCUCGAAUGCUCUUUCACCUCGCGGUGGCAGCAGCAGCAGUAGUAGUGGUGUCGGGACUGGCGUUCAGCCAUCUCACACCCACACCCAGCAUCCGUUGAUGCAAACUGGUGGUGGUUCAGCAGCAUCCAUUGGUGCACCUAUUCCUUUGCACAUCUCAGGAAGUGGUGCAAUUUCCCAUGUCUCGCCCCCCUUUCCCCCCAGCUGUCCUCCUCCGGGUACUCCUGGUUCGACUCCGAGCGGCGGUCGUAGUUCAAGUAGUAGUUUGGAGCAGGCCCGUGGGGGCACACCAAUUCUCUCAAACUACGCUCAAUCACCCACGUCUGUGCGUCACUCGCAGUCGUUUCAACAACCGGUGCGUCCCUCUCCGCAUCAUCAGUUAAUGCAGGGACAAACGCUUCCUCCUUCUACGCCAACUCCAGCACAUCUCUCACCCUCAUCACAAGUCAUACGUCAAUCACCACUCCCAAAGACUUCGACUUACCCUGGAGACCAACGCCCCAGUGAAUCCGAUCAAACGUCUAUGGCCAUGGUACCCUCAGAGGUGGGUGUUAGUGUUCGUGCUGCUAUGGAGACCUCUGGAAGUGUUCCUUCCUCACACCAGCCAAUUCAAAGGCCAUCUUCAUCGACACCAGUUGCUGUAUCAGAAGACCAAGUGACGGAAGUGCAGGGGCCGCCGAGUACACUCUUUCUACCCCAGCCACCUCUGCAAGCUCGGGAUCCUCCCUCUGUGUCUGCUUCGCAGCCUUCCCCUUCACUAUCUCCUAGUUCAUUGCUUGGUGGGAGUGUGCGCAGAGGUGGGCCUACUUCUCUGCCACCGCCACCCUCUCACACUGCAGAGCCUUCCUCGCCUGCUGCGAUGUCGUCUUCGCCUUAUCAGCAUCAAAUCCUCACUUCUGCGAACACACCUCUAGCAUCUACUCCUGAUCACUCAAUGUUGGCACAACCGUCAUCGACACUGGUCCAACAACAGGGAGCUUACUUGCCACUUCCGCCUCCUCCUCCGCCUCCGCCUCCUCCUCCUCCUCCUCCACCCCCACCACCACCGACAUGGCCGCCAUCGGGCUUCGUGGGGGUAACGUCGCCCCUACCUUCGCCACAUCAGCACCCACGCUGGUCACCUGGUGGUCAUCCCUCCCCCCUAUCUCCUGCUCCUACAACACAGCAACAUCAACAGCACCUCCUGUACCAGCAAAGACAGCAACAACAACAACAACAACAACAGCAGCAGGAGAUGAUGCAUCACCAUCAUUUCCAGCAACAGCAUUAUAUGUCAUCUCCGCGGUCUCUACCUCCUUCCUAUGGAACUACGCCGAUGAUGCAGCAGCCGCCGACACCAAUGCCGCAGCAAUAUGGUGGAGUUCAUGUUGCACCGCAUCCACCAGCCCCCGCAGUCUCACAAUCGCAAACACUGCCACUACCUCCGCCAAUUUCACAGUCAGCGGGUCCAUCGCCGGGUGAGAGGGAGCGUCAGAAGCUACGGGAAAUCCUUGCAAAGAAGGUGAACCAAAGAAAGCUGUCUGCUGCAGCUCAGCAACAGCAACAACAACCAAUAGUGAGCAGUUCGCCUACUACUACAUCCUACCAACAACAGCAUCAGCAAGCACAAUCCGUCUCCACCCUGCCGCAACCAGCUCAGCCUCAGCAACCUCAGCAGCAGCAUUUGCACCAGCAACAACAACAACAGCAGAAAAUCUACUCACACGCGAGUUCUUCCUACUCUUAUUCGCGACAACAAAUUCGUGUGUCUCAUUCGACACCUCAACCGCCUUUAUCGACUUCAGCGAGCAGCGGUGGUGGUAGCAACGCUGGAGGCAAUGCCUUUUUCCCGGGCUCCCCACCGCCUCAGCAACAUCACUCCUCCAGUGGGUUUGCGCGUGCCUCUCCCUCUUUUGAGUCAGGCUUUGCGCUGCAACAGAUGACUUCGCGUGGCAGCAGCGCCACUAGCAGUGUAGUCCAAUCGCCUGCAGUCUCAACCUCGCCUCCGGUGGUCGUCUCGCCUUCCAACACCUCGAUUCCACUAUCUCUCUCUUCACCCCCUGUUCUUCCUGCUUCGUCGACGCCUGCCAGUCAUCAUCAGGAGGCUCCACCCCAUCCACCUCCUCCACCCUAUCAACUUGCCACAUCUACUCCAUCCAUCAUGGAGUCUCCUCAUGCUCAAGCACAGUCACAACCAUCAACACCGGUCAAGUCCUCCUCCGCUUCGAUUGCAACACCAUCCUCCGGCAUGGAAGAGGCGGGUUUCGAACCACCUGUCAUCUUCAGUCGGGUCGUAGGUGUCGGUGCUAGCAAAGAUCGGCCGCGUUUCAUUCCACAGCAGCAGCCGCAGCAACAACAACAGCCUUCAAUGGAGGUAGCUGAAGAAAUGUCAGCUCCGCCGCCACUGCCACCGCCGAUGGCAUACGCGCCUAGAAUGCAGGACCAACAUCAGGAGCAAUUAAUGUCUCAUUCCAUGGGUCAGGCCCAAUUCGAGACGGAGCAUCAGUACCACCCUUCUCCGUCCCCAGCUGAGGUACAUCAACAGGCACCACAGCCAAAGCCACUGCAGCAGUUCUAUGCGACGCAGGCGCAUCACCAGUCUCCAACGGGACCAGUUCCUCCGCAAACUCUGUCAAAGUCACAUCAGGACGAUGCCUCGACCAAUGUGGCCUCAGAUUCGGCUUCCACUAGUGGCUGUUACUCAGGAGAUGCCGAAGUUGUCAGUGGUGGUGGCGGUGAUGGUGUUAGUAGUUACCCUGACUGUCCUGCGCAGUAUUUGAUCUCAGAGAGUCAGCCAACGCAUUACAAUGUCGGUUUUACGCCGCCUUCAUAUUCGAGGUUGCGGCAGCCAAUGCCCACCACUGUGUGUGCUUCUCCUCCUCUUGCUACUGCCGGCAGAGUUGACUAUCAACAGUCUGUCCCAGUGCAUCCCUCAAGCCUGUAUGAACAGGUACCGCCUCAACAGAGGCAGUCGUAUAUGCCUGCACAGGCUCCACAGUAUAGUCCUUACAGUGUACCUCCCCAAUCGCCCUAUCCUGGUCAUCAUCCCCCACAUCCACCGCCACCUCCUCAUUCCGACUCGGCAGGACACAUGGGUCGUGGUGCGGAUCCGCUUUCUCACCCUGGUAGUAUGCAGUAA